UAUACUGUAACGUGGCGUCAGGACGACAGAUUCAAAAGCUCCACACUUCCGCGCGCUGCCGACAGCACGGCGGUGCCUCCGGCCUCCAUCUCUAAGGAUUUCGUUGGUCCGUGGUUCGGGAGCAGGUAACGGCGGAAAGUAGUAGACCGGUAGCGUAGGCACGGGGCCCUUUUGGGUUGAGAGCCCCACGCAAGUGGUGCCCAACCGCCGGGAGGCACUAUCGUUACCCCGGGAACUUUGCCCGAUUACAGUUUGCAGACGCGGAAGAUCCGUGUGUACGGACUCGGGUGUCCGGCAGACCGCGAGAAAAAGAAUUCUUCUUCCGUGCUUGAACGAUAGUCGAACUAUCGGAUAAUCGGGGAUCGCGCCUAUCGGGAUUUCUCCCAGAGAACCAUGGCUACCGUUUUUUCUUUUUUAAUAUAGUGUCAGUGCAUGGCCGAGUGUGUGAGACAUCGAGUGCGCAGUAGACGCCUCGUGGAGCCGGAACGCGGCACCAUGAAAGUGGGCGAAAGGAAGACUGCUGUCGGUGUUUUGAUUUUUUAAAGGAUUUAUGGAACUGCCAAUUUUCGAACCGCGAGAAAGGAAGUAAACGACCACGAGACACGCAAGAAGUUUGAUUCCUGGUUGAGACUGGCGACAUCACUGAAUCGCAGAUUGUGUAGAUAUAAACACGAUGAGAAUAUAGCGUAGUCAUCGAUUUCAAGAUGUCACAAGUCGGAUGAGCUCAGUUUAACUGUAACUUUCUUGAGGAAGAGGAGGAUGACAUGGUAGCGACUGCCUCCGGAACUGUGCAAACACUCUUCGACUUUACGCGUUCAGAUCAGCUCACAAAUUGGACCGAAAAUUCCGACACAAUCAAAAGUACGGGCAUGUCGAAGGCCAUUCUAGUCCUGCAGAAGACUCAAGUUUUCCAACGGGCUAUACUGUUCACUCUGUUCAAUCCGCAACCGAAUGGCUCUGGAUUUGCUGCAGUACGUUGCGAGACGACCUUCAACCUCAGCGAUUUCAACAACAUAAUACUUAAAUGUCGUGGACAGGGAAUGAAUGUUAAAUACAAAAUGCUAUUAAGGCACAAGGGUCUGGGAAAGGAUUCGGCAGUCUACGGACAAAUCUUCACGGCGCCAGAGGGUGAACUCGCACCCGUAAAACUACCACUGGCCGAAUUCAAACCUUACCACAGAGGUCAAGAGUUGUCUCUUCAAUCUCAUCCCUUAGACACAUCAACCAUUACUAACAUCGGCAUCAAGAUCGACAAUGGACCGUAUCUGCCAGAAAAUCAACCAGGAGUGGCAGCGUUGGAAAUUGACUGGAUCAAAGCUACUAAGUGAUCUACAGUAAUCCAGAUCGCCCUUACCUACUGAUCUAAAUUGUCAUCAUAAAAGAAGGAACUGUUGAAAAUCUACUUGGGAGGAUCUUGUGAAUCUUGAGAUUGUUAUUGUUAUCGUAUAUAUAUGAUAUUUUGAUUGUACAAAUAUUAAUAAAAUCAAAAUUAGAUUUAUCAUA